AUUCUUAAUUUUAACCUAAAAAUUUAAGAAUGAUUUGUCGCAAGUGUAGUAAUCCAGCGACUGUAAAUAUUAGAAAAGAAUAUUGUUAUUGUAACGAAUGCUUUAUUUCUAUGAUAAAUCAUAAGUUUCGUGCAUGUAUUGGUAAAAAUAAAACAUUGUCAGCUAAUGAAAAAGUACUAAUUUGUCUAUCUGGCGAUGGAAGCUCUACAGUUUUAUUAGAUUUGAUAUACAAUGCCAUUUCUUUAAAUAACCACAAAAAAUUAAGAGUGGUUCCAUAUUUUUUACAUAUAAUAGAAGCUGUUUCAGACAACGAAAACAUAUCAAACACAAUAAUUGAACAGUGUAAAAAUUAUGGUUUUACUGUUACCGUAGUAAAUAUUAAAGAAUACUAUAAAAAUAUUUUGUGUAACACAGGAGAACUGGAAAAUCAGAACUCAAAUAAUUCAAAAAGUAUUUUAUCAGAUGUACCUUCCUCUAUUGGUCAAGAUGUUGUUGCAAAAAUGAAACAGAACAUUUUUGUGAAAGUUUCAAAGACUUUAGACUGUAAAUCUAUCUUUACAGCUGAAACAACUACUACAUUGGCUACUAAGUUGUUAUCUAAUAUUGCAAUUGGCAGAGGCUCUCAAAUUGAGAAUGAUAUUGGUUUUGCAGACAAAAGAGAUAGCAAUGUAAAAAUUUUGAGACCUUUGAAAGAUAUUUCUAAUGAAGACAUACAAUGUUAUCUAAAAGUUAAAGAUAUUAAACCCGCUAAAUGUAUGCAUAAUAAAUUAAAUGAAACAAGCCUUCAGUCUGUUAUUAAAAACUUUGUAAUGGAUCUACAGGAAAACUAUCCAGCUACUGUAUCUACGAUAUGUAAAACGGCAGAUAAAAUUGGUUCUGUAACGAAUAAUUUUAAUAAGAAGAAAUGUAAAGUGUGUCAGAGCAUCUUAGAUAAUAAUGAUUCAAAACUGACAGCAGUAGAUGCCACUAUGUUUUCUAGGCAGGUUUCGUCAAUACCAUCUAGAAUAUCAAUACACAAUGAAGAUAAACAAAAUAUUGAAGGGGAGAACAAUUUAAUGUUCCCAUUUAUUUAUGAAAGUUUAUGUUAUUGUUGUAGUAGAAAUGUAUCUGAACUAGGUGAUCCUCUGUUACAUAUUUUAGUUUAAUUUUAUAAAACGCAAAAAAAAAUCAUUACUUUUAAUUAUCAACCCAU